AUUGUGUUUAUCGGAACUUCGUACAUACUGAGACCUAGGGACCGAGGAAUCUUGUCUUCUUUCAGAGUAUUCAGAAUAUUACAUAAACAUACACAUCAGGCAUUUGACAAGAUGCCAGCAGACGAUUACGCGUCGGUAGGUGGGGGUGGUCCCCUGAAGCUGAAAGGCGGAAAGGUUCAAAAAAAUAAGAAGAAAAAGAAAAGCAAGGCGAACCUCGAGCAUUCCCUCGCCACCGUAGACGAUUCCACUGCUAAGGAAGCUAAGGAAGCUGAUGGAGCCGAUGACGUCGAGAAGAUGCGGCAAGAGAACGGAGAUGAUGAGGAUAUAAUCGAGCAUAAAACUGAAGCUGAACGCCGCCACGAGGAAGCAAACAGGAAGAAGAUGCUAAAAAUGCUCGAGGACCCCAAGGUGGCUUCUGAGUUUCGCAAGACUCACAAAGAGAGGGUUGAAGGUCUCAACACUUACCUCUCCAAGUUGAGCGAGCACCACGACAUGCCUAAGAUCGGCCCUGGAUAGUCUAAUCCUCCUAACGAUACGGUGGCAGUGAAGUGAGAGGACUCUGGAGGAGAGAAGGAAAGACUAAUCAUUACUAUAGAGCCUUGAUUUCACAGCACCUACGAAUAUUACCCCCCGUAACACGGCGUUUAUAGAGGUUGUUCUCGGUUUGCAAGUACUACUACUAUACACUAUUUUGAUUAUUAAGCCGCGUCUGCCUCGAUGAUGAACAACUUGUCUA